AUGUGCUCCUACUUACGGAAAACGUCAUCAUAUCGUAUUCCUUCACUUCCAGCAUCUACCAUCGGUCAAUCAAUGAAAUCCAAAAGAACGUUCUCCUCAUCUAACAGCAAUUUGAAGAUCUUUUGGGGUUCCUCAUCCGUUAUUUCACAAGCUAUCAGGAUACAAGGGUCUCGCCAUAUCAACAAGAUUUUGAUUUCGAAGCAUUCCGGGCUACGAUGUAUGUCCGACUCACGUCCAGAGUCUGGGCCCGAAAAGCCUACUCAAGAACAGUUGCGACACAAAGCAGAUUUUACUAAAGCUUCGGAAACAAUUCAGACGACAGAAAUAAUACCAGAAGAACUUCGUCUAAUCGGCGAAAUCCGCCAAAAAUCCGCGCCCAUGCGUUGGGUCUUUAUCAAGUUGGCGUGGAGGUUAUUUAAAAGACUGCUUUUCAGCAAUACCAAAGACCAAGAUAUGUCGAAAUCAUUGAAAAUCUUGCAGAAUUCCCAGACAUUAGCAGAGCGCACAAAAAAAGACUUCAAAAGCUUAAUGGAUUUUGAUAAUCUCCUGCGGGGUGCUGUGUCAAAAUACUGCAGGAAUACCUCUUGUAAUGAUAAGAUUACCAUCAACGGUAAUGUGGAUCCACUUCUAAUUGCGGUGCGUCUUCACAGACUGCGCAAGUCGAUGGAGGAAAUGCAAGAUUUAGAGAAGCUUGUACGAGAACAGAUGAAGGAAGUUGUAGGAGAAUUGUGA